AUGAUGUCGGAGCCUCCACCACCAUUGUGGCCACCUGGAAUAGACGGGACCACUGCCUCUGCCUUACUACCCGCUCCAUGCCUUUGGAGAAGACCUACCUCCAGGCAGCGCCACACCUUCCAGCAAAGAGUAGAAGACAUCCAACUUAUCCGAGAGCCCAAGUAUCCUAUGAAAAUCCCAGUGAUAAUAAAACAGUACAAAGGUGAGAAACGACUUCCUGUCGGUGAGAAUCGACCAAGUUUUUUUUUACCUGAUCACAUCAACAUGAGUGAGCUCAUCAAGAUCUUUAGGAGGGUUUACAGAGCUAAUGGCAUUCUUCCUGUUAGUGAAUGGCAUAGUGCAGUGAGUGUGUCCACGCCGAUUUAUGAAAUAUAUGAAAGUGAGAAGGAUGAAGAUAGCUUCCUGUAUAUGGUAUACACUUCUCAGGAGACAUUUGGAAUCAAAGUGUCUGUGUAA